CAUCCAUCCAUCCAUCCAUCCAUCCAUCCAUCCAUCCAUCCAUCCAUCCGCCUGUUUUCUCUUGGUCUUGUUUACUGGUUUUGGUUUUUGUUCUAAUUUUUUGAGUUUUCCUUCAGGGUUCUGUUUCUGUUAUUGGUUCCUGUUCUUGUCUGCCAGUCUUGGUUUUUGUUCUAAGCUCUUUAGUUUCUGUUUUUGGGUUCGGUUCUGUUCAUGGUUCUGUUUGUCCAGACAGUAAGUCAGUUUCUGAGGCUCUUUGAAGGAGUGACAGUCAUUUAGGAAAUUAAAACUGAGAUCAGUAAACCAGAUCCAAACUCUAUAAAAUGUGAACUGGACCUAUAGCUGUUUCAGCCCCUGGUUUCUUUGUUCAUUUAAGUUCUUGCUAACUUUCUCCAGAACCAAACGAAUUCGGGUCGAAUCCAUGCAGGACCUUCAGAAACUGACAUUUAGCAGAUAUUUCUGCAGUUUUGCUUCCUCCUGUUCCUUGCAGCAGUUCGUCUCAGGAUUCUCUCCGCUGUAAAUUUCAGAUUCAGCAGAUUAUUUGAUUCUCAGCUCCUGAAAGCAUUAGCACAGAGCCGGAAACGGCGGCAGAACCGUCGGGAACCAGAACCCAAAGCAGAGCCGAGUUCAGGUCUCUGGGCUGCAGAAGGUGGUUGAUGGAGAGACGUUACAUAAAUGAAUCGACUUCAUGUCUGAACGUGAUUGAAUCAGCAGCAGACGAGGCGUCGGGGUGGAGCGGCAGGAGACGCUCCGUCUUCCAAACAUCGACCCGCCGAAGGAUGCUGAGAGACAGAGGGGUGGGGGAGGGGACGGAGACCAGAAGGAUUCAGAAAGACGCCAAACAGCAGGAACUCAUCCUUCAGAUGGUUCUAUUGAUCUAUCCGUGGGGCGUCAUGACCUCUCAGGAAGAGGCGUCUUCCUUCAGGAGGUUCUUUCAGUACGUGGAGGACAGCGCGCUUCGGACAUACGACGGUCUGGUGAUCCAAAACGCUUCCGACAUCGCCAGAGAGAGCGACCGCGUUCGGAACCAGACCAACUGGACCUACCUGCAGGAGAAACACCAGAAGAAGAGACGGCAAGAAGAGGCCAUUAAGAGGAUUGGAGAAGACGUCGCCACGGCCUCCGAUGGGGCAUACUCUGGAAAACAUUUCAGGAUGGGCUUCAUGACGAUGCCGGCGCCACAGGACCGACUGCCCACGUCGACCCAAGGCUUCACUGUGCGAUCCCAGUCUCUUCACUCAGUCGGUGGCGGAGAGGAAGACUCCAACCACAGUCGCAAGCAACCUCCACCCAAACCCAAGCGAGACCCGACCACCAAGCUGAGCAGCAGCUCUGAGGCAGUGGAUGGAGUCUCUGGUUUCAUAAAGAGAGAGUAUCAAGAAGCAAAAGAUGGUGCAGAACUUUCAGAAGCUCGAUACCAUCACCACAGUGAAGAAUCCAGGAAGAUGCCUCCACCCAAACCCAAGAGAGACCCAAACACUCAGCUUAGCUCCUCUUUUGAUGAGUCCUACGUCCGUAACCACUGCAGCAAGAAGUCUUCCCUCCAAGGCGACAAAUCCUCGUCUCAGAGUCACAGCCCGGCAUCCAGAGAUACGGACGACGAAGAGCCGGUUUACAUCGAGAUGGUCGGAAACAUCCUGCGUGAGCUGAAAGGUCAGGAAACGGUGGACGACGAGCAGAGCGAGUCUGUGUACGAGGAGAUGAAGUACCCGAUGCUGGAGGACUUUCUGCAGGAUGUGCAGUCCACCAUCAUCGACAGUGAGGCGUGGUCUUCCCGCGGCUCGUUCUGUGACAUUCCUCCACCCUUCCCAAACCUCCUGACUCACCGCCCUCCGCUGCUCGUCUUCCCGCCCGCCCCGGUCCAGUGCUCCCCCAACUCCGACGAGUCCCCUCUCACCCCGCUUGAUGUCACUCGUCUGCCUAUGCUAGAAAACGUUAAUUUGAGUAAAUCGGGUGGAGCAGAGCAGCCACAGAGCUCCGGUCACCACCGUAAAGACAGAGACCGAGACAGGGACCGGGACCGAGACCGGGACGCGUCCCACACUCACACAAUCACAUCCUCUGGUCGCUCAUCAGCCCCUCCCCUUGCCUCCAGUUUUUACAAGUCGUCUAGCUCCGCCCACAGCGGUCACGGCUACCCCCGCAGCCAAUCAGCAUGCCCGUCUCCGGUCAGCAUGGGGCGCGCUCUGACUCCUCUGAGUUUGAAGAGGCCGCCCCCUUAUGACACUCUGAUAGCAGGAGGAAGCAUACCCCGCUCCUCUUCCUCAUCAUCGUCAUCCUCACAGAGGGCAGGAGAGGGUGGAGCUAAACUCAGUAACUCGUCCUCCGCCCACGGCUCCAUGCACAACGUCUCGGCGCGGUGCCAGACUCCCACCAGCCCGCUGGACGAACUCAACAACCUGUUUGCGUCCGGCAGGCAGGUGAUGAAGAGGGGCUCAGCAGGGAGGAAGAGCAGAGAGGGUGAAGGAGACUCAAAGUCUCUGCCGAGACAUGACAGUAAAGACAGAGACGGACAAUCCAGUCCAGUUUCCAGCAGGAUGGGAAGGUCGUCUGUGAGCCCCACCAUGAUGCUGACGGGCGGAGGAGGAGGAGCAGGUGCAGGAGGAGGAGCAGGUGCAGGAGGAGAAUCAAAGGCUGUGGGUAAACUGGGCCGGUCUGCAUCAACAUCAGGGGUUCCGUCUCCAGGCGGAACGCCGCAGCGCCACCUCCAUGAUGCCCACCACCCGGCCCUCAGCCAGAUGCCGUGGCUCUGCGGCGACGCCACCAUGAUGGAGAUGAUCGAGAAGAAGAGAGUUUUGUGCCGAGAGAUCAAAGCUCGUCAGCGGCCGGAGAAGAACCUGUGCAAACAGGACAGCAUGCCCAACCUGCCCAGCUGGAGGAGGAAGCAGCCGCCGCCAUACUCAGCCCCGCCCACCGCCACCGGACACGCCACCACCGUGUUCUGGGACACCGCGAUCUGAGAACAACCCAGAGGGACGUCCAACGUUCUCCACCGAGGCAGAGAGAAACCGACGAUGAUGAAGAUGAUGAUGAUGAUGAUGAUGAUGAUGAUGAUGAUGAUGAUGAUGAUGAUGAUGAUAUCAUGUUGAUGAUGAUGGUAACCACAGUGGUGACAAUGAUGG